CUGGCGUCGUCUAUAAAAGCAAUCAGCGGGUGGGGAGGCCAGUCAUUCUCUGGAAUCUCUCUACACCGCCAUGGCGCGCGCAGUACUUUGGUGCGUCGCCAUCGUGGUCCUCGCCGGCUGCUGCCACUUCCUCCAGGAAGCGCGGGCCGCUUCCGUGGGGGUGGCCAGCAGCGGCUCCGGCCUCUGCCCCUGUGACGGCGAUGCCACGGAGCACGAGGCCGGCAUGAGCCCGUCCUGCAACAAGAAGGUCCUGCGCCUGCUCGAGAACACGGGCAAGGCCCUGACGCAGGUCAGCGACGCGCUGCGCACCGGGCCCAACAAGAACAACAACCAGAACGUGGCCACCGCCACCAUCAACCUCGGCGGGCUGCCCGGCUACGGGCACGCCCCCAUGCACAGCCCGGUGCACGCCCCCAUGGCCGUCCAGCACCCCUACUACUACGUGCUGCCCAACGGCCAGCCUGGCUACCAGCAGAACAACAACCUUCAGGGUUCUUUCGGCCAGUCCUACGGCAACAGCUACAGCACUGGCUACAGCAACAACCAGGCUGGCGGCAGCAGCAGCAGCAGCGGGUGCAGCAGCUCCAGCAGCAGCGAGGACAAGUCCAGCACGCAGUACUACGUGCAGCUGCCCAACGGCAACGUGCAGGCCCUCAAUGACUUCAUCAAGGACGCCAAGCAGUCCUCCUCCUCCAAGUCCUCGUCGUCGUCCUCGUCCUCCGCCUCCUCGUCGAGCUCGUCCUCCGGCUCCCGCACCUCGGACGACUUCAAGGUCGUGAUGCCCGACAAGAAGGAGAUCUCCUACAAGGACUACCUGGCCGUGGUCAAGACCAUCGACGAGAACCACUCCGUGCAGGUGCUGCUCCCCAGCGGCGAGGUCGUCGAGGUCACUUCGUCCGAGGACAUCGAGGAGAUCACCAAGGACACGCCCAGCGCCAUCAUCCUGCUGAAGAACGGCGCCGGCAUCCACGCCAACAGCUACACCAACAUCGUCAGCAACUACCGCAACAACCAGCUGCAGAUCGUGCUGCCCACCGGCGAGAUCAAGCCCCUCAUCACCUCCUCCAAGAAGAGCUCCUCUUCCAGCAGCUCUAGCAGCAGCAGCAGUAGCAGCUCCAGCAGCUCCAGCAGCGGCAACCGCCAAGGCCAGUACACUAACAACAACAACGGCGGCAAUGGUCAGCAGGGCCACCCCAACGGCGGCAACGGCCAGGAUCAGACCACCACCACCACCACCACCACCACCACCACCAGCAAGCCCUCCUACAACCAGCAGAGCCAGCACAGCGAGCACAGCGAGUCCGAGACCAAGAACGCCGCGUCGUCCUCGUCAUCCGCCUCCUCCGACAAGCACACCGACAACAGCGACACCAAGUCGUCCUCCGCCGCCGCGGCCGCCGCCUCCUCCUCCGAGAAGAAGACCAGCGACCACAACGACAAGGACUCCGUGAACAAGGACGGCAGCAAGGUGCACGAGGCCGAGGACAGCAGCAAGGACGAGAAGCAGGCCAACGCGGCGGCCUCGUCCUCCUCCGCCAAGAACGAGGUCACCAAGAACGGCAACACCGUCAACAAGAAGACCUCCUCCAGCUCGUCCUCGUCCUCCUCGAGCUCUCACUCCACCAAGGAGACCAAGACCGUCAAGAAGACCGUCUCCAAGAACUCCUCCUCCGGCCAGGACUCCAGCACCACCCAGCAGGGCGACUCCAGCACCACGCAGCACGGCGACUCCACUUCCACCACUCCCAGUGGCAGCGCGUCGUCGACUACCACCACGCCGAGCCCCAACCACCAGGGCGGCUCCCAGAGCGGCUCCCACAGCAGCUCGCACAGCAGCUCCUCGUCCAACAGCUACACCACCUACAUCCUGAAUGACGGCACCGUGGUGAGGAGCUACGACAGCUCCAGGCCCGCCAACGCCCGCUACGGCAUCAGCAGCAGCGGCCAGGUCGUGGACCUCGACAAGCAGACAACCACCAAGUCGGGCACGUCGACCACCCCCAGCAACCAGGGCGGCUCCGGAACUUCAACCACCCCGAGCAACCAGGGUGGCUACGGAACUUCAACCACCCCUAGCCAGAACGACCAGGGCGGCCACGGAACUUCAACCACCCCUAGCCAGAACAAUCAGGGCGGCCAAGGAACUUCAACCACCCCCAGCUCCGGUGACAACCAGUCUGGCAACAACAACAACUACAACAACAGCAAGUCGAUCAGCUACUACAUCACCGUGGACGGCUCCAUCGUGAAGAACACCGGCGGCAGGCCCAGCAACGCCAAGUUCGCCAUCACCGACAAGGGUCAGGUCGUCUACGUGUUCAGCGGCUCGAACGACUCCACCACGGCGUCCGAUUCUUCCACCACCCCCAACCCCAACGGCCAGGACGGUUCUGGAACUUCAACAACCCCCAGCUCCGGUGGCAACCACUCUGGCAACAACAACAACUACAACAACAGCAAGUCGAUCAGCUACUACAUCACCGUGGACGGCACGAUCGUGAAGAACACCGGCACCAAGCCCAGCAACGUCCAGUACGCCAUCACCAAGGACGGCCAGGUCGUCUACGUGUUCGACGGCUCCAACGGCUCCACCACGCCGUCCGGUUCAUCCACCACCCCCAACCCCAACGGCUCUGGAACUUCAACCACCCCCAGCUCCGGUGACCACAACAGCAAGAACAGCAACUCGAUCAGCUACUACAUCACCGUGGACGGCACGAUCGUGAAGAACAGCGGCAGCAAGCCCAGCAACGUCAAGUACGCCAUCACCAAGGACGGCCAGGUCGUCUACGUGUUCGACGGCUCCAAUGACACCACCACGGCGUACGGUUCAUCCACCACCUCCAACCCCAACGGCAACCAGGGCGGCUCCUCGACCGACACCGACCAGCAGCGCUUCAAGGCCUACAUCCUCGCCGACGGCACCGUGGUCAAGAACACCGGCGGGCCCGUCCCCGCCAACGCCAAGUACGGCGUGACCGCCACCGGAGACGUCGAGGUGCUCGACGGCUCCGGCAGCACGACGCCCAGCCACGGCGACUCGUCCACCACCACGCCGCGCCCCUGGUCCGGCUCCACCCACCCGGCCUUCUCCUCGUGGUUCAAGUCCUUCAUCCUGGAGGACGGCACCAUCGUGCCCAACGACGGCAAGACCAGGCCCGACAACGUGGAGUUCGGCAUCACGCACUCCGGGGACAUCAUCAAGUUCGCCGGCGCGUCCUCCACCACCCCGUCCGGCUCCAACACCACCCCCACCCCCGGCACCCACGGCAAGGGCAGCGGCAAGGGCAGCAGCUUCUCGCAGACCUUCACCGAGUUCAUCCUGAACGACGGCUCUGUGGUGCCCAACGACGGCAGCGUCGACGUGCCCUACAACACCAUCACGUACGGCAUCACCAAGACCGGCUCCGUGGUCACCUUCAGCUCCAGCUCCAACAAGCCCCGCACUCCCGGCUCCAGCUCCUCAUCCAGCUCCAGCUCUUCAUCAAGCUCCAGCUCCAGCUACAACCACAACUCUCCCCAGGGCGGUGACUCGAACUCGCCGUUCAAGGGUGCGGGCGCCAAGCCCGACGACGUCGUGUACGGCAUCACCAAGGACGGCAAGGUGGUGAAGCUGUCCGACGAGCCCAGCUCCGACUCGCCCUCCAAGCGUCCCGAUGGAAGCAGCCCUAACCAGCACACUCCCAACCAGCAGACUCCUUACCAGCAGGCCAGCGGACAGGAGGACUCCGAGUUCUCGUACUUCAUCACCACCCGCGGGGACGUCGUCAAGGUGCUGCCCAAGGGCGGCCAGCCCUCCAACCAGCCCUCCGGCCAGCCCCACUCCACUUCAUCCUCGUCGUCGUCGUCCUCGUCCAGCACCAACUACGAGUACGUCUUCAACCAGAACGGCCAGGUGGUGAGCGUGCCGACCAACAACAACAACAACAACGUGGCCUACAAGCAGGUGACCGACCAGUACGGCAACACCCACCUGGUGCCGGUGUCGCAAUCGCAGCCCACGCAGUCCCCGUCAACGUCAACCACCUCGACGUCCACCUCAUCGUCCACAAAGACCGUCCACGGCGCGUCGCUCAAGCCCGUCACCCUGACUGACUCCACUGGCAAGACCAUCCAGGCGUACGUGGUGGAGGACAAGGGCCAGGGCACCUACAACGCGCCCGCCGGCUCCAGCAGCACCAACAGCUUCCAGUUCGCCAGCCAGUCGUCGUCCAGCUCGUACAGCGUGGUGACCGACAACAAAGGCAACUUGUUCCUGGUGCCCAAGUCCAACGGCCAGCCCAACGGCCACCCCAACGGCCACCCCGGCAGCCAGCAGGGCCAGCAUGGCCAGCAGGCUGACUUCGUCGUCAUCUCCGGCGCCGACGGCAAGACCUACGUCGUCGAGAAGGGUUGCGCCACCGGAAGCCUGUCCGUCGUCAGCCAGCCUCAGCCCACCUCCUCCUCCUCGUCAUCGUCGUGUUCCUCCGGCAGCGGCCAGCAGUACACCAAGAUCACCUGGGAGAACAUCGUGUCCCCCGACGGCAGCGUGCUCUCCGUGCCCGUCAAGACCGUGUACAACUCGGACGGCUCCUUCACGGCGCAGGUCUCGUACAACCCCUCGAGCCAGAGCCGCAAGGUGCUGUGCAACAAGCACUCCGGCAGCUCGUCCUUCUCCACCACCAGCUUCGCCAAGCCCACCGCGUCCUGCCCCUGCGAGACCAUCGUCCUGUAGAGGUCGCGAAAGAGCGCGGACGUUUCGACCAUGUACCUUUUUCGAUUUUGACGAGAGUUGUAGAGAUUCCUGCACGAAUGACAAAUGAAAGUAAGGACCAAUAAACUUACUUUGUGAUUGAGA